AUGGCGAACAGAAGGUACAAUGUAGACGAGGGCAGCGGGUGGCGAACGGGGAANGGGGACGUGGUGCUGUGGGAUUUCACCGAGAGCCACCACAACCUGUCGCUCAAGGAGCGCUGCUUCCUGCGCUGGGUGGGGGCGCGCUGCGGGCAGGCGGCUUUCAUCUUCAAAGGGGACGACAACGAGUUUGUGAACCCUCCCGCCCUGGUGGCCUACCUGCGCCAGACGCCCAGCGCCUCCCAUGUCAUCCACGGCUACAUCCGCAACCAUUCGGCCGUAAUGAGAACCACGAAAUAUCGCGUCUCCUCCGCCCUGUUCCCCCAGGACACGUACCCCCACUUCCCCUCCGGGGGCGGCUUCCUUAUGCCCAGAGCCAGUGUCCCAGCCCUGGCCGCGGCCUCCGAGCGCAUCCCCGUCUUCCCGCUGGACGACGUCUACUUCGGCUUCCUGGCGCUGGCCGCCGGGCUGCGGUACCGGCACGACGACCGAUUCCGGGUCUUUGGCAUGAAGGACGAGCUGUGUCUGUACGGGGAGGCGUUCGUGGUGCACGGGGUGUCACUGGGCAGGGUGCAGGAGGUGUGGAGGGGGUUGUAUGAGGAGCGACGGUGCAACGGGACGGGGCCUCUCCCCUCUUAGGGGUGCAAGGAAUGGGGCAGGGGCCUGUCCCCUCUAGGGGGCACCGGCUUCCAUCCUGCCCUGGGUGGGGCCUGCCUGGCUCUAGGGGCAGCGAAUCGGGCAGGCAGCCUUUUGCCAAGCAUCUGGAUUAAAUGUGAUUUCUUGUGCCCAGGG